GUUGGAGACGAUGUUCUUGGAGAAGAGAAUAUAAAAGGACUGCGAGAUUGUGGCGUAAAUGUAGACAGAAUAGAAAAAUCGAGCAGAAGACCUACCGGCACCGCACUCAUAACAGUCAAUGCCAAAGGCGAACAUAUAAUGGUGGUCUCGUUGGGGGCCAACCUAGAAUUGGACGAGUCGUCCGCGGUGCGCCAUGCGGACGUGUUGAACGGUGCAGAUGUCGUCAUUGCACAAGCUAGAGUAUGCCAAAGUGGAAAUAUAAGAAAAUAUUCGAAUUAG